AUUUUGAAGGGAAGGCCUGCCAAGUUCCGGCGUGGACACUCAAUCGAACCCCGGGAGGCGAAAAGCCUGCGAAAGCAACGAAUGUGUGUUUCUUAAAGCAGAUGAGAGGGGAAUGAUGGAGCCGUGGAGCUAACCACGCCGGCAGAAAGGAGACGAGAGUCGCCGAAGUGGACGUUCUUCCGGUAGUGGUUGGGGCGCGUACGCUUGGUUUUCUCGGGGCGUGCAUCAUGGCAGCCCUGCGCCAGAGGAAGGGCAGCCGGGGCAAGUGCCCCCCCCAGAGCACCGCUGGAGUCCCUCUGCCUCCACAGCGCCUGCAGGCCAACUGUUGCUCCCUGCAUCAUCACCAUGACGACCUUCUGCAUGGUGAUUGGUCGUGGGGGUCCAUCGUGUGGACGUCGGUGGGCUGGUCGGUGUCGGUGGGCCUGGGCCUGCUGUGCUGCAUGUACAUGGCCACGCUGCACGAGAACGACCUGUGGUUUUCCAACAUCAAGGAGGUGGAGCGUGAGAUCUCCUUCCGGACGGAAUGUGGGCUUUACUACUCAUACUACAAGCAAAUGUUGAAUGCUCCGUCCAUAAAGGAAGGAUUGUCAGAGUUGAUCCACGACAACUUGACAGAGUCCAAGAGGACCAUCAACCUCCUGCAAAGGAUGAACAUUUACCAGGAGGUCCUUCUCAGUAUUCUCUAUAGGCUGCUGCCCAUACAGUCCUACCUGGAGCCCAUGUACUUCUACAUCUACAGCGUGUUCUCGCUGCAGGCGGUGUACGUGAUGGCGCUGUACCUGACGGCGUGGCUCCUGGGCGGCUCGUGGAUGGCGGGCGUCUUGGCCGCCAUCUGGUACAUCCUGAACAGGGUGGACACAACUCGCGUGGAGUUCACCAUCUCGCUGAGGGAGAACUGGUCUUUGCCCUUCUUGGCGCUGCAGGUUGCCGCCAUCACAUGUUACCUGAGGCCUCAGCUGGGCGCCUCGCAGCAGAAGGUGAUGGUGUGGUUGAUGUACGUGUGCAGCUUGUGCUUCUGCGUGACGUGGCAGUUCAACCAGUUCAUCUUUCUGGUUCAAGCCUUUGUCAUCUACACGCUGGACUGUGUGGACAUGCUCACCGCUGCACAGGUGAACACGUUGUACUUGGUCCAAGCGAGCGCUCUGCUCAGCGUGUGGCUGCUGCAGUUCUUCAACGCCAUGAUCCUGGGCUCCUUGGUGCUCAGCUUCAUCGUGGCGGCCCUCCUCGUGCGUCACUUCCACCAUUCUUUGAAGACAGGAAGUUUUGUAGCGCGGGUGUCCCGGCUGAUUAUCCACAGCACUGCCGUCCUCUUGCUCACCUUCGCCAUCAAUUUCCUUGCCAAGAAGGCGCUGCGGCUGCGAUCAGACGAGCACAUCUUUAAAUUCAUCAAGUCAAAGUUUGCCUGGGGGCCGACGAGGGACUUUGACGCCAACCUGUAUCUAUGCGAGGAAGCCUUCGGUGCGUUGCCACUGGACACUCUGGAGCGUCUGUCCGCCACCCUUGUGCUGGGCCCCUACGCCCUCACGCUCACGCUGAUGGGCGGCGCCCUGGCGCUGGCUGCUCUGCGCAACCUCAGGACGAAGGGUGGCGGCGCGGAGAGGAAAGCGGAGGGUCCGGUGGUGGCGUCCUUCCGUCCGGACGUGGCCUACAACCUGCUGCACACGCUCUUCUACGGCCUGCUGGCCUUCAGCACCAUGAGGAUGAAGUACAUCUGGACGGGACAUAUGUGUGCCGUGGCGGCGUACGGCGUGUGCGGCGGCGACGUGUGGGCGAUGCUCCUUCACGCGCUCCGAUGCAACGCCAAAGUCUUGCUCAAGUUGGUCCGAUACGCUGCGCCCGUCGCUGUCGUUGCCUUCCUCUAUUAUAAGUUCUGGCCCAAGAUGGUGGAGGAGCUGUCUGACUUGAGGGAGUUCUAUGAUCCAGACACUGUGGAGCUCAUGACCUGGAUUAGCACAAAGACGCCCGAGAGCGCCGUCUUGGCGGGAAGCAUGCAGCUGCUGGCCGGCGUUAAACUGUGCACCGGGAGAGUCAUCACCAACCACCCGCACUACGAAGACGAGGAACUGAGAGACAGGACCAAACAGGUGUACCAGGUGUACGCCCGCCGCUCCCCGCGGGCCGUCCACGCCAUCCUGCAAGAGUUGGGCGCCGACUACGUGGUGUUGGAGAACUCCAUCUGCUACGAGCGCCGCCACCUGCGAGGAUGUCGCCUGAGAGACCUGCUGGACUUGGCCAACGGACAUAUCAUGGACGGCGAAGGCGACAACGACGCUGACCUGGUGGCCGCCGCCCACCCGAGAUUUUGCGACGCCGUCAAGACGGACUCGCCAGAAUACGCCGCCUUGUUCAAAAGAACCUUCCAGAACAAAACCUUCCACGUGUACCGAGUCAGGAAGAAGGCCAAGAAGAACUCGUAAGAUGACAGCAGCUGACGCACAUUUGCAGAAUGCCUGAACACCGUUCUUUGCUGAGUUUUGUUGUCCUUUCAAAAAAAAAAAAAAAAACGUUUGUGCAAUUUGUUCAGCUGUGCGUGGAAUAAAAAGCACAUCAAUUUG